AUGGCGGCAAACACGCCCAGGAGCUCCCAAACCACACCGGCAGGUCGGGCGAUGCCUGACUCCACCACAGCCGUCUCUGCGAGGAGUAACCAGCUUUCUCGGCAUCCAGUCUACAACAAGACCGGUGCGGAUUUGUUCGUAUUCGACCACGCCCGAAAAUUCUUCUUCGAUGGGACGGCCGAUGUCACUCCGGCCCAACUAGCCAACCUAACCAAUAGAUGGAACACAGAAGACAGCGCGUACAUUCCCGAAAGGUUAACGGCCGAAGAUUUUGAGAAUUUUCUCUGGGUCUUUUAUAAUCCCACCAUCGGGGUAUUCGAGGCGAGCGUCGACAAAUGGGUCUGUAUCCUCAAGCUCGCCUGGCGGUGGGGAGGCUCCGGCAUCGUCCAACUCGCAGUCGACAAAAUCAAGGAGAAAGAAGACACCCUUCCCUUGGUCGAACUGUUCCUCAAGGUCCGGGACGCAGCGAGAACCCACGCCUAUUCCGUCCGACUCUUCGCUAGACUUGCGAUGCGGGACACGCGCCCGACCCCUGAAGAGAAGAAGCUUCUUGGUGAUUCUACAACAAUUAUGCUCUAUGAGCUCAGGGAUAUCUUGAGGUCUUCGGAUGAUGCGAGGAGCUCCAGCCCUCUUGUUGGAACUGAGGACGCCGCGGCUGAGGCUGCGAGUGCGUAUCUCAAUGGACUUCGCAGGUCUUCUGGAGAUACACCCGCCCCUCCAAGUCCCUCGAAUCCUGCUCAGCCUGUCCAGGCCACCCCUUCCGUCGCUCGGGGUCCAAACGGGCGAAAUCGAAGAGGUUGA